AUGCUUAUUUUCAAGUCAAGCCGACAGCGGCCUCUUCCCAGUUGGAAGAUAAACCUCGCCCUCCAAUUUAAGAUGAAAGUAGUCACACCUGAGAUCUCUUGGCAUGAACGUGAUCCAAUUUAUGCUGUGGACUUCCAGCCAGGAAAUCAUCCAAUUCAACGUCUGGCAACAUCAGGGGUUGACAAAUUUGUCAGAAUUUGGCAGUUGAAAGUUGAUGAAUCUGGUAAAGGCACAGUUGAAUUUUUAUCUAAUUUGAAAAGACACACCAAAGCCGUUAAUGUGGUUAGAUUUUCUCCUGAUGGGGAAAUCAUGGCAUCUGCUGGAGACGAUGCUUUUAUCAUUCUGUGGAAGAUGAAUGACUCAUUGGCAACUCCAGCAGGCAACAUCUUCCAAGAGGAUGAAGAAGAUAAUAAAGAAUCUUGGUAUCUCCACAAAGUUCUCAGGGGUCAUUUAGAAGAUAUCUAUGACUUGUGUUGGUCAGCUGAUGGAAGGCAUAUCAUCUCUGGCUCUGUGGACAACAGUGCUAUCAUGUGGGAUGUGACAAAAGAUCAGAAAUUGUGUAUAUUUAAUGAACAUAAAAGCUUUGUACAAGGCGUAACCUGGGAUCCCCUCAAUGAAUACAUAGCCACAAUGAGCACUGAUAGGUCUUGCCGUGUGUAUAGUGUUUCCAAACAAAGCCUUUCAUAUGAAAUCUGCAAGAUGAACUCUCAAGUGUCUUCCUCAGACCCAGACGCCAAGCCCAAAUCUAACCGAAUCUUUCAUGAUGACACAAUGCGUUCAUUUUUUCGUCGUCUCACAUUUAGUCCUGAUGGUGAGCUGCUAAUCAUCCCUGCAGGUUGUGUAGAACAAGAGACAAAAGUAAUCAAUGCCACUUUUGUUUGUUCUCGUUACAAACUCAACAAGCCAUCAAUUUAUCUUCCCAGCGGACCAAAAGCCACCAUUGCUGUCCGAUGUAGUCCAAUACUGUAUAAACUAAGGAAAAUUCCCCGGCAGGAUUUUGGAAUGACAGUUAUUGAAGAUUGCAAUUUGAAAGAAUGGGAAAAAUAUCAAACAAUGUUCUGCCUCCCUUAUCGAAUGGUGUUUGCAGUUGCCACAGAAGAUUCUGUUUUGUUUUAUGACACACAACAGUCACAUCCAUUUGCAAUGGUCAACAAUAUUCACUAUCAUCAGCUUAGUGACAUGACAUGGUCAAAUGAUGGUAAUGUUCUUGUUGUCGCCUCAACAGAUGGUUUUUGUUCAAUUGUGACUUUUGCCAAAGGAGAAAUUGGAGAACCUUACCAAAAAAAUGGGUCUCAAGAAUGUGCGCAAUCUGUUAAGGUCGACAAGAAUCCAGAGGAUGAUCAGAGUGAUGAAACUGGUUCAAACUUGAAAGUGCAAACUGAAACCCACCCUCAAACCACCCUUUCAUCAGCUGUCAGUGGGGACAAUCUGAUGGAAACGGAUGUUAAAACGGAUGCUGGAAGAACCAGUGAAGAACCGAUGGACACAGCUACUCUGUUUACUUCACCAAAAUCCUUUGGUCCAGUUCCGGGGAAAUCUAAAUUGAAGUCUCCCAUACCUGCUGACAUUGAUUCUUGCAGUACAGACUUCAGUCUCAUUCUAGAAACGUCAUGUGACACACCUACGCUCUCGGCAUCCUCUUCUGAAAAAUCUCCAGCAAAUCCUUUAGCAGCUUCCUCUUCUAGUAGCACUGGCUUCCACUUGCCAAUGUCUAUCAAGAAUUCUCCUUCAGUUCCUAAAAGUGCCACCAGUUCCACUAGCUCUUCACUAAGCAAUUGUCCAAAACCUCGGGUAGUCUCUCCAAAUCAGUUGGAAAAACCGAAGAGACGUGUCCAGUUAACAACUUUGUCACUUCUGAAACCAAAAUAA